CUUCUAUUUAACGAAUCUUCGCGGUUCUAUACAUGUCCCUUACUUCGCUUAAAUCUUUGUUUCUCCAAUCAGAUCUCUUGCUUAAUGGGUGUCGAGGAUUAUCAUGAGCUCAUCGGCGAAGGCUCUUUCGGGAGAGUUUACAAAGGAAGACGAAAGUAUACCGGACAUACGUUCAUCAUGAAACAAGGAAAGAGUGAGAAAGAUAUACAGAGUCCAACACAAGAAAUCAAGAUAUUGCGGAAGCUCAAGCUUGGGAAUAUUAUUGAAAUGCUCGAUUCCUUUGAGAACGAACGAGAGUUUUGUGUUGUCACUGAGUUUGCCCAAGGUGAGUUGUUUGAGAGUCUUGAAGAUGACAAGCGCCUUCCCGAAGAGCAAGUUCAAGCCAUCGCUAAGCAGCUGGUAAAAUCAUUUGCAUUACUUGCAUUCCAACCAUAUAAUUCACCAUGACAUGAAGCCACAAAACAUUCUUAUUGGUGCUGGGUCUGUCGUUAAGCUAUGCGAUUUUGGAUUUGCUCGAGCUAUGUCUACCAACACUGUGGUUUUGCGAUCCAUUAAAGGCACUCCACUGUACAUGGCGCUAGAGCUUGUGAGAGAACAGCCAUACAAUCACACUGCUGACCUGUGGUCCCUUGGUGUUAUAUUGUAUGAAUUAUAUGUUGGUCAACCUCCAUUCUACACUAAUUCUGUUUACGCUCUAAUCCGACACAUUGUUAAGGUGCCCCAAAGUCGAUUGACCUGGCCUGCUCUUCUCGAGCACCCCUUCAUUAAAGAUUCACUAGAGGAAGUUGAAGCCAGGGAAAUGCAUACUGCGGUAGUUAGACAUAAGGCAGCCUGGAGACUCAAAGAAAGUGGAGGUCAACAGAAAAAUGGUCUGACUAACUUCAAAAAGUGUGACUCGUCGACCCCAUUUAAGGACGCCUCUGCUCCCGGAGUUGCAGCUGCUGCUCAGUCAGAUAUGAAGAGUGCUGUCAAAGUAAAUUAUCCCUCUCCUGAGGAUUUCCUCGGAUUCUCAACCCAUGAGGUUAUUAAAAGUUCAGGUAAUGGGAAAUGUUAUUUGUAAACCUCUUCUUCUUACUUUGAGAAUCUAGAUUUAUCCAACAGAUACAUAGAAGCGAGCAGUGCAUGUGUAUAUAUAUAUAUAUAUAUAUAUAUAUAUAUAUAUAUAUAUAUAUGUAUAUCUAUGUACUUUCAGUUUUAUUUAUUUCUAACAGUUUGGUUAAUCAUUCGGUUCAUCCAAAUCGAACCAAACCGAACCGGUAACCAAAUUGAUUUUUAAAUCUUGUUGAAUUAAACCAAAAUCAUAGCCGAACAUAAACCGAAACCAACAAUUUUGGUUUAAGUUCGGCUCUGUAUAUAAUUUUAGCAUAUUCAUGUCAUGACUAGACUAGUAAUGCUGUUAUAACUUAAGUCACAAGGCAGUCUUCUGACCGAACCAGCCUAACCGGAAAUAAACUUCAAAAAGUUUAUUUCUAAAAUUUACUUCUAGAGACACUUUAUGAGUUUUCAGUUAUACUUAGAGACACAUUUGACUUGUCACACACAUUUUGCGUGUCUAA